CUAUAAUACUUUGUGUCAUUUGUAUUCUGUCAAUUUCGUUGACCAUUUAAGAUAACGGUUGACCAAAUAGUGUCAACACGAAGUUGACUUUUGAUGACGUGGCAAAGAAUGUGGCUGCCACGUAGAUGUGGCGUCACUAACCUCAUUUUUUUUUCUAAUUCAAAUUAAAUAAAAAUUAAGUUAAAAUUAAAAUAAAAUGUAAAUUCAAUUAUAUUAUUAAGCCAAAAUUAAAAAAAUCCCAUUAUUCUUAUUCUUUACCAAUUCGCCCUCUCUUUUUCUAAAAAAAUCUCCAAGCCGAUUCCCCUGCUCGUAUUCGGCCUUAAUAAAUUUAACCCAGAAAUCAACAAGCCGAUUCCCCUGCUGUAGAUCCGGCUCCAACUGCUGUAGAUCGUCUUCCCUACCACCGCUGUCGCGGUGCCGCCGUUGCUUUCUCUCUCUCGGUCCUGUUGGACUAUAUUGUAAACUAGAAUUAGUUUAAGGACCAUGUUGUAGUAUUUGUUUAUAGGGUAAAUACAAUUUAAUAUCCAAACCUUUCAUUUUAAACAAUACAAUAGCCAAACCUUUUCGAAAACAAUCUAAUAUCCAAAUCGUCAACUUUCCGUCCAUUUGAAUGUUGGUUGACACUUCAAAAAAGCUUUGUUUAGGGGAAAUUGUCACAAUACAACUUUGUUUUCUUGUUUUGGCAUCGUAGAUGACUGAAUAUUUAGAUAUUCUAUACCAUCAUGGUGGAGUCAUGGACUUCUCGGGUUUGGAACCACGAUAUGUUGGUGGUUUUUCAGAGAAGAUAUUAAUGGAUAUUGAUGAAGCGUCGUACUUCGAACUUUUUUGAAGUCUCAACUAACGGUCAAACGAACGGAAAGUUGACGAUUUGGAUAUUAGAUCGUUUUCGAAAAGGUUUGGAUAUUAUAUUGUAUAAAAUGAAAGAUUUGGAUAUUAAAUUGUAUUUACCCUUGUUUAUAUUUGUGUAUUAUUUUGUUAGUUUGUUAUUUACAGCCUGUGUAUAUUGUAUUAACAAACAAUGUAAAUUUACCUUUUAUGAAAUAAAACAAGUAGACUCGUUCUCUCUCAUCAUGGUAUCAAAGACUUUCUGUUUCUAGAGUUUUCUUUUCUUGGCUUUCUCGUUUCCUUUUCUCGCUUCCGCCUCUCUCUUCGCUUCCAUGGCGACUCCCGCCGCGUUCCAACCUCCGCUGCCGAUCUCGGCGACGCUCGCACCAAAUCAUUCUUACUACAUCGGUUCCGGCGACUCAUCGACGUCGCAGCUUGUUUCCGUCGUUCUCACCGGGCCGAAUUACCAUUCUUGGGCCAGAUCCAUGCGAUUUGGUCUCCUGUUGAAGAACAAGAUCUCCUUCGUCGAUCCCUCCGUCCCGACGCCUCCAGAUGGCGAUCCGCUCUUCCAAACUUAGCAGAUGUGUGAUACGCUCGUGCUUGGUUGGAUCCUCCGGUCGCUCUCGCCGGAGAUUGCACAGAGCGUUCUCUGGCUGAACACUGCGGUCGAAGUUUGGCGCGAUCUCCAGGAGCGCUUCAGCAUCGCGGAUCUGGUUCGUAUCGCUGAUCUCCAAGAUGAGAUAUGCGGGCUGAAGCAAGGAAGUCUGUCUGUAAGUGCAUUCUUCACCAAGUUUAGGCUUCUUUGGGAUGAAUUGACAACCUACCGUCCUGUGCGAUCUUGUGCAUGUGUUCCUCGAUGUUCUUGUGUUGAGUACAUGAGAGUAGAUCAGGUCAUUAGGUUCUUGAGAGGUCUGAAUGAGGAUUUUGAGUCUGUUAGGUGUUCGAUACUGUUGAUGGAUCCUCUGCCUCCCAUUAACAAGGUCUUCUCUAUGAUAGCCCAGCAUGAGCGUCAAAUUAGGACUCCCAACCCUAAUUCUGUCAAUCCUAUGGUCUGUGAUGUACAAUCUGGUCCACAUAAGGGCAAUAACCAUUCAAAAAGGCCUGUCUGCACGAUUUGUGGUUUGACUGGGCAUACUAUUGAUCGUUGCUACAAGAAACAUGGUUAUCCACCAGGUUAUAAGCCACGUUCUAGAGUCAAUGUUGUGGUUAGUGAGUCUAUUGACACUAACAGUUCUGGUUCUAGUGAGAACGGAAGUGCUCCUUCCGAUUCUGUUGUCUUGACACAUCAGUAGUAUAGAGUUUUGUUUGCUUAGAGUCACCCUCAGGUUCUUCCACCUCCAACCCCUACUGUGAAUUUUGUCACUACUGGAGUCUGUGUUGAGCAGUCUUAUCCAAUGCACUCCUCAUUCCUGGCUUCUUCAUCAGCUGCUUCCUCAAGCCAAGAUGGAGGUAAGUUUGUUCUUGCCACUUCUCUGAUUGACAAUGCUUCUAAGUGGAUUUUAGACAGUGUGCUUCUGACCAUGUGGUGUCUGAUAUUGCUUGCUUGCUAUCACCUACUCUGUGUGUGAUAUGUUUGUGUCUCUACCAAAUGGCUCUCGAGUGCCUGUUUCACAUAUAGGAUUAGUUAGGUUAAAUGAACAGUUGUAUCUUAAGAAAGUUUUGUUGAUACCUCAGUUUGGUUUUAAUUUGAUAUCACUUAGAAAAUUAAGCAAGGAUUCGUCAUGUUCCUUGACGUUUUUUUAAUGAUCAUUGCUUACUACAGGAUCUGGCCUCCCGCAAGAUGAUUGGUAUAGCUAGAGAGAGCGGUGGACUUUAUUGUUUUUCAGCAAAAGUGCACAACUCAGCUCCUCUGCCUCUACCAAUAUCUUCAUCAUGUCCAGAUUCUUCCGCUUUUUCUGUGUUGUUUGAUAAGAAUGUUCAUGAUUUUGACCUUUGGCACUUUCGCCUUGGUCAUGUAUCUUUGUCUCGUUUACAAACUUUAGCUUCUAGAAUAAGUGGGAUUGAUUCAAAGUGUACAAAACAUUGUUCUGUUUGCUCACUGUCCAAACAGAAACGUCUUCCCUUUAUGGUAAGUGAGUCCCAAGCUGAGCAUAUGUUUGAUCUAGUGCAUACAGAUAUUUGGGGUCCUUACAGUGUUCCUACUACUUAUGGUCAUCGUUAUUUUUUAACUAUCGUAGAUGACUAUUCUCGAAAUACAUGGGUUUAUCUUAUGCAUAAGAAGUCUGAAGCUCGAUCUGUAAUUCAAAAUUUUGUUGCUUACAUACAUAAUCAGUAUAAUGCUAGAAUUAAAAUACUUAGGUCGGAUAAUGGUCAAGAGUUUCAGAUACAUGCAUUUUUUGAUUCCUUAGGAACUGUUCAUCAGACUACUUGUGUAGAGUCUUCUCAACAAAAUGGUCGGGUGGUGCGCAAGCAGCAGCAUAUCAUUGCUGUUGCUCGAGCUCCCUUGUUUCAGUCUUCACUUCAUUCUAGGUUUUGGGGUCAUGCUGUCUUACAUGCGACUUUUUUGAUUAAUAGAGUUCCUAGUCCAGUCUUAGGAAAUAAAUCUCCCUAUGAAUUGCUCCAUAAUUCUGUCCCAGAUUAUAGUGGUUUCCGUGUUUUUGGUUGCUUGGCUUAUGCUUCCACUUUGUCUCAUAAUCGCCCGAAGUUUGAGCCACGAGCAAAUCCUUGUGUUUUCCUAGGCUUUCCUUUUGCCACUAAAGGUUACAAGCUUUAUAACCUAGCUACCAAUACUAUAUUCGAAUCUCGUGAUGUGGUUUUUCAUGAGUCUAUUUUCCCUUUCUUUUCUAAGAGUCAAAAACUGGAUUCGUUUGAGUUUUCAUUUCCUGUCAUUCAAGUUCCUCCAUUUGCUGCAGUUACACCUCAUGGUGCCAACACAGUAGAUGGUUUAGUCCCCUCAUUGGAUCCCGACCAACAUAUAAGAGUCACAACUCCUACUGUCUCCGAUGAGGAUGAUUGAGUCCCACCUCCUGAGUAUCUUCCUGUUUUUGAUAAUGAGCCACCAGGUCGUCCAAUUAGGAAUAGACAACGUCCUGCUCGUUUGCAAGACUAUGUAUGCAACUCUGCGGUCAACUCAUCUAUUCCAUAUCCAUUAUCUUCUGUUAUUUCUGAUACUAACCUUGCUAAUGGUCAUUCUAGUCUUGUUAAUGCAGCAAGUUCUAUUUCAGAACCUACUAGUUAUCAUGAGGCAGCAAAGGAUGAACGCUGGAAUGCUGCAGUUAACACAGAACUGGAUGCACUCAUCAGAACCAAUACAUGGACCAAUGUCUU